UAUGUCUAAUAUUUGGAUUCUUAACUAUUUAUUUCAUAGCACAGAAACAGAAUUUACAGCGCUACAACGCUUUCUGGACAAUCAACAAACAUUACCAAUGGAUCUAGAAACGAACGAAGAGGCUUUGGAUCUGUCGAUGGCUCCAAGAAUAAACAUGGAACAAGAUGAACACGAACAGGAUAUCAAUAACUCAAGUGUGCAACAUGAAUCAAGUGAAGAUUCUUCCACCGAUUCCGAGUCAAGUGCAGAUUAUUCCACCGAUUCCGAGUCGGAACUGGAACAAAUGCAAAUGUUAUUUCAGGAACCCGUAGUUCCGGAAAUAACAUUUGAGAACACAGAAGAGAAGGAAAACAUACCAGAAGAGGAGGCUGACGAAUCACAAGCCAUACAAAUUGGUCCGAAUGGCACAACCAUUUCCGCCAAUGAUUGUAAAAAAGUUCGUUGGACUAACGCUUCAAUCGCUACCAGGACUUUGCUCGAAGUGGUUUUUGAUAGACAAACUCUUGCCACACACACUCUAAGCGGCAAACCGUCUCCCGCUUUUCUUCAUCUCGGACGACCAGUGAAGCGACAAUUGAAUCCAAAGAAGGUGGAGGAUAUCAUCUGUUACGUACGAGCAGUAUUUAAUUGCUCUGUGAAGGAAAUUAGGAUGUCUAUAACAAUGAAGUGUGCCGACAUCGCAAGGUCCGCGAAACGCAUGAGGAAUAGGCGCAAUUAAGAGAUGUAUGGUUUGCCUUUAUAAUUGAUUAAUUAAUGUAAAAUUGGGGAUGACUGAAUAGGUAUAGGAAUAGGUAAUAAUUUUAAAAUUUUUGUAAUUUAAAAAUAUUGUACUUCUUUCA